AUGGAUUCAGGAACAAAACCAAAUCUUAUUUCGAAUUUACCUGAUUGCCUUCUGGUUUUAAUCAUAUCUUUCUUACCUUUCAAACAAUCUGUACAAACAAGUGUUCUUGCUAAGCGAUGGAAGAAUCUUUGUCGUGAAACAACAAACCUCGUAUUCAAAGAGUCUGAGUUCGGCCUGAACCAAUUUGUUGUUGAUACAGAGGCCAAAAAUUCUGAGACGAGAGCUUUGUUUGUUAGCAUUAUGCAUCAAUGGAUCUCGAGAUUUACUGGUAACACCAUGGAAACAUUUGAACUUUGUCUACCUGAACCAGUGGGUUUUGAGGAAGAUAUCAUGUCUCUAAUCGAGUUUGCUGCUACCAAACAAACCAAAAAUCUAGUUAUUAAUUUCUCAAGCUCUAAUUCGAGACAACCUCCAGGUGCUCUGCAUAUAAAGUUGAUAUAUUUUCAAAAGACUGGAUUGGAUAUCACUCGUCUAUUUUCCAAUCUUAUAUAUGUUAGGAACUUGACUAUCUGCCCUUUUCUUCUUGAGAUGAUCCAAGAUUGUGACGAUCCUAUGAAAUUGCACGAUCCGAUGAAAACACGACAUUUGGUGAUUAAGACACAUAUGUACCCACAUGAGUUCGGAGGAAUAACUAUAUUUCUCAAUAGCUGUCCGGAACUCGAAUCUCUCACGUUCGAAACGUAUACUACUGGGCCUAUCGUGAUGUCGCAGAGAUAUUGGCCGCUAAUACAUCCAAAAACGUUUUGGCUCAACAACAAAACGUAUGAGUGUUUGGAAAGGACACUUAAGGCUGUGAAAGUUGAAAACUUUUGUGGCAUCUCGAACGAGUUGCAUGUGCUGCAGUACCUGAUCCGAACCGGACGUGUGAUGGAACGGCUUGACCUUCAUGCGGCAAAGAGAUUGAACAAUGAGCAAAGGAGGUUGGUACUGACUGCAGCCGAGGAGUUUCAGAAGAAUGUCGAAAGAGGUUCGAGGCAUUUGAGAGUUACUCUACACAAUGCUUGA